UGAUUGUAAUCAAACACUAAUCAUAUCACUAAGGAUUUCGGAUCAUUGUCCUAUUAUAAAUUGUUUUUUUUUUCUUCUAUUUUAUCACUUUUUUAUAUACAUACAAGGAAAUAUCAUUUUUGUAGAAUAAAUAAAGAAGUAGAGAUAAAUUCGAAAUAUACGCCAUCACAUGUUAUCACCAGAAAACUAUUAACAGUUUAAAGGAAUAAAUUGGGCCAAAACACCAUCUAUGAUCAGCUGUAAUCAGGGAUUUUGACAUAUGUAGGAAAUUAGUAGAAAAACAAUUCUUUCUUCAAUAAUAUAUAAAUAAGAGAUUUUAAGGUUAAUUCGAAAGUGUAACACUGUGAUAAUACUUGGUAAAUAAUUAUUUGCAAUAAAUUGAUAAUUAAGGAAGAAAUUUAAAUGUUAAGCAGUUAUGGCAACGCCCGUCACUGAUAAGAAACCGCGAGUGAUCGUUUUAGGAGGAUGCGGUUUUAUUGGGCGUAAUCUCGUGGAAUAUCUACUGGAUAAUGAUUUGGUAUCAUACCUUCGUGUUGUAGAUAAAGUGCCUCCGCAAACUGCAUGGUUAAAUUCAAAACAUGGAAAAUUAUUUGAAAAUCCUCUGCUAGAAUUUAAAAGCGCUAAUUUAAUAAAUACAGCAUCGUGUCAGAAUGCAUUUGCUUCUGAUAAACCCAUCGAUUAUGUUUUUAAUUGUGCCGGAGAAACUAAAUGCGGUCAAACAGAUCCAGUUUACAAAGAAGGAAUUUAUAAAUUAAGUAUUAAUUGUGCUCAACAAGCUGCCAAAAUUAAAGCCAAUCAUUUCGUUGAAAUAUCAUCGGGCAAUUUAAGUUCUUCUGAAAAAGUACCUUGCGUGGAAGAAGAAAGCGGAGAACCAUGGACAUUUGUCGCUAAAUAUAAAUUACAAGUGGAAAACGAUCUGAAAAAUAUACCAGAUUUAAAAUAUACUAUUCUAAGACCGGCAAUAGUUUAUGGACUUGGUGAUAGAAAUGGCUUAGCACCAAGAUUAGUAGUUGGAGCGGUUUAUAAACAUCUAGGAGAAAUGAUGAAAUUACUUUGGGGACCAGAUCUUCGCAUGAAUACAGUUCAUGUAAGAGACAUGGCUCGAGCUAUUUGGCACGUGGCGAACAGAUCUGAUACAAUAGGACAAAUAUAUAACGUAGUUGAUGAAGGAAAUUCUACUCAAGGAUCAAUAAGUGCUAUCGUUUCCGAAUUAUUUAACAUCAACCAUGAUUAUUGGGGUACUACAUUAUCUACUCUGGCUAAAACCGAUAUGAGUUCUGUCGUUGAAGAGGUUAAUGACAAACAUAUGGGUCCUUGGGCCGAUGCUUGUAACAAAGAUGGAGUAGAAAAUAGUCCUCUUUCGCCGUACAUAGAUCAAGAAUUGCUUUAUAACAAGCAUUUAUAUUUAAAACCUGGAAAAUUAUCUAAUAAUACAGGUUUUACUUAUAUACAUCCUAAACUCACAAAAGAAUUACUCAAAGAGGUUCUCGAUGAUUACGUGACCAUGAAAAUAUUUCCACAUUCCUUAGUACUUUAACUCUUAUCGAUAAGAAUUUUUUAUACAGAAUACUUUGGAUGCUUAUAAUAAUUUACACAUAUUAUUAUACAUAGAAACGUUUCACCUUGUGCCUAGUGAUCUACGCAAGUACGAAAGUUACAUAUACUUUAGUAAUAUACUGAAUUCUUAUAUAACCACAUUUUACAAAUUUAAUAAUACGAUUAGGUGAGUUGUUUAUAGCAUUCUUUCCAGAUAAAAAGAAACAUCAUGAUUCCAUAGAUGGGCUUAUUUGCCAAUGUGAUAAAGUAGAGAUUAAUGUACUUAAUUUUAUUGUUAU